AUGAGCGGUCAAUCAACUCCAAAAAGUAGAAAUAUGAGUUCUAUGCAGUCUCAGUCUUCUUUUUUAUUAAAAGGCUACGGUUCAAAGUUUAAAUCUAAGAAAAAAAAGGCCCCACAAUCUACUUUAGUAAAAAGAAAUCAAUUUAGAGUUUACGAUUCGCAUGGAAAUGAUCGAACUCCUAAAUUACUUAUCGAUCCUGAUUAUCAAACUAUUGAUGAGUGGCAACCUACAAUAUUGGAUUAUGUUGAUGCUGAUGCCGCAAGUACUGGAAGUCAAAUGAGUCUGAGAACGUAUCCAACAGGGAGUUAUGGAAGUCGACCACAGCAGAGCGGUUCGGUACAAAUGUCAAUGACUAACAUUACGAACAUGGACUCAUACAAGGAGUCCACGUUAAAAACAUUAGAUGGGGAUAUUGUGAGCGAUACAAGAAGUGAUGAACCAUUUUCCGAAGUUGCUCCUUCUCAAUUUCGCCUUAAAGAUUUACCGUCCCGUCAAUUUUAUGCUCCACAUUCAAAGGUCCCUAUUAUUGCAAUGGAAACGAAUUCAUUCACAUUAUUUAGUUUAAAGAGUACUGUUCAAUCAAUCACUGCUGAGAAUGCAGAAUAUUUAAAAAAAGAAAAUGAAAUUUAUGAAUUUUUUACAUUCAGAGAAGGAAGAUAUCAAAGAAAACUCCAGACUUCAGAACAACAAACUCCAGAACAUAUAAAUACAGCCGAAAGCUCUUAUUGUCCUAGGAAACCUACUCGAAAUGAUUCUACAUGGGUUACCGAUUGGAAACUUUAUGACGAAAGUUUAGGAAUUUUUGAAGAAAAAAAGAAUCAAUCAUUAACUGUUGAAGAACAAUGGACGCAAUUAGCCGAAGAUGAAAAAUUUAUAACACGUUGUAUGCUCAUGGAUAGAUUAUUAGGAAUGCCACAAGCGAAAGAAUUUCAAUUAAAUUAUAAAAAUCCCGAUUUAUUGGAUCCGUUAGAUUUAAAUAUAGAAUUUAAAUAUUUGGCAAAAUCUUUAUGGACGUACGAAACGGAUUUUGUACAAAACAAGCCAGCAUUAACAAUAUCAAUAAAUACAUUAAAUCCUGAUAUAAUUGCUGUAGGUUAUGGUAAAUUUUUACACGUGGAACCCGAUAAAGGUUUUAUUUGUAUUUGGAAUGCUAAAAAUUUAAAACAUCCAGAAAGAAAUUUUAAAUUUCAAUCUUCGGUAAUGUGUGUAGAUUUUGCUAAAAGAACUCCUAAUCUUUUAGCUGCUGGUUUCUUAAAUGGUGAUUUAUUAAUUUUGGAUAUAACCACAACGGAAAAAAAAAUAGCUUAUUCGAAAAGUUCAGUCGCGUGUAAUACAUACGAAAAAAUAUUAUCCGUUAAAUGGUGUACUUUUACCGACAUUUUUGAUAACAUAGAAGAAAGAUUAAUGUUGACAUCAGGAUGUGGAAGAAUAAUACAAUUAAGAAGACGUUUAGAUCAAUUAACACCUUUUCAAAUGAUGAGAAUAACAAAAGCCGAAGAUAAAGUUAAAGGAAUUGAUUGUCCUAGAAAAUGCGAAGCCGAAGAAAUAACAAUGGUACGUUUUCCUCCGGCACAUCAAUUUGUUUAUUAUCCAAACGAUAAUCAAUUUUAUCUCGUAUCAGGAAGCGAUGGAAUUAUACGAAAAUGUUCUAUUAAUUAUUUCACACAACAUGUCGAAUCAUUUUUAGCACAUUUAGGACCGAUUUACGCUUUGAAAUUUUCUCCUUUUUGUGCAAAGAUUUUCCUCACGUGUGGUGCAGACAGUGCCGUUAGACUUUGGGUUUGGGAUAUUUACGAACCCGUUAUGACUCUAACAAUAGGAUCACAUCCGGUAGAAGAUGCAGAUUGGAGUCCUAGAAAUACGACGGUCAUAGCAAGCAUAAGCGAUUGUAAUUUAUAUUUAUGGGAUUUAAAAAGGAAAACUUAUUAUCCCACAUCGACCAUAGAACAUCCUCAAAAAAUUAAAUUUUGUACAGUUAAAUUUUCGAAUGAUGGGAACAACAUAAUAUUAGGAGAUAUGGAAGGAUCAGUUCAUUACAUGUCAUUACAUAAAAUGCCUUUUGUUGAAAAAUUCAAAGAAACCACUUUGGGUGCUUGCAUCGAAAAAGAAUUAAUUGUCAAACCGAAAUUAUUAAAAUUAGUUAAAAAAUCAGGGCCGCCAUUCACACCAAUUUAA